AUAUUUUUCCUCUCCCCGUGCCGCCUCCAGCGUCUUGAUCCAUCAUCUUCUGUCUCUCCUUGCCCUUUCGACGGUUUAUCCUUUGUCAAUCCUUUCAAGAUGUCUGCCGCCCACGACGACGCUCAGCAUGAGCACACCUUCGACUCCGUCGACGCUGGUGCGUCCGCCACCUACCCCAUGCAGUGCUCUGCUCUGCGCAAGGGUGGCCAUGUCGUGAUUAAGAACCGUCCCUGCAAGAUCGUCGACAUGUCGACCUCCAAGACCGGCAAGCACGGUCACGCCAAGGUCCAUCUCGUCGCCAUCGAUAUCUUCACUGGCAAGAAGCUCGAGGAUCUCUGCCCCUCCACCCACAACAUGGACGUUCCCAACGUCAAGCGCACCGACUACCAGUUCUCCUACAUCGACGAGGACUUCCUUGUCCUCAUUGACUCCAACGGUGAGGAGAAGCGUGACGUCAAGAUGCCCGAGGGUGAGCUUGCCAAGCGCAUUGAGAAGCUCGAGGAGGAGGGCAAGGACUUCUUCGUCGGUGUCCAGACCGCCAUGGGUGAGGAGGCUGCCAUCGAUGUCAAGGAGGCUUCCAACAAGGAUUAAAGGAAGUUUGGAGGAGUUGGAGGGACACCGGACGUUUGGCAUUUAAUGAUGGCUUCAUGGGACGGUUCUGUUGGUUUUUGCCUGGCUAAGAGAUAUCCGUCUUUUUUGCGCUAUAUCUGUGUUUAAGGGUCACAUAUGAAUGGUUUCACGUCUCCCCGUUUUGUUGGACCCGGUAGCUGCUGGAAUAGGGCGCGACUUCCUGAAGGAGUCGCACGAAGCUAACGUCUGCCAAACAUCUUGAGCGUCUCGUGGUCUUUGUAUCGGUGCGGAUCAUUGAAUUCUGGUUGUUCGCGAAUCGCAAAAGAGCCGUGCUGUUUGUUAGCACAACGGACGUUUGCUGGAUUGAGUUGUUGGUUGGUCCAGGUUGGCUUCUCCGUUCUGAGUACCUCUCUGGUCUCGUUUAGUCUCCGAUAGGAUGAGCAAAGUUCAUGCCGUGUGGGGAUAAUGAUACCGAGGCAUGACUGGCGGCGCAACUGACGUCGACAUGUACAUACGUAUCGACUUUCACGAUUUAAGCAUAUGCUAGUCUCCGUCAA